AUGGAUAGUGAAUUGUCAAAGUUAUGUGAGGGUCUGAAGCUGACGGAAGAAGAACAACAGGAGGUGGUGGUUAGCAGUGAAGAAGUGAUCAUAUCAGAGAAAAAGAGUAAACACUGUUUCAUGAUGAUGGUGAUUACAGAUAAUGAAGAUUGUGAAGGCCACGAGUCUUGGAAGGAAAUGCAAUUCCAGUAUGAACCUUUUUGGGUGCAAUGUCAUGACCUUCCUUUUGCUGGGAUGAAUGCUAACACUGGCUUUAAUCUGGGCAAGUCAAUGGGGGAGGUUCUCAUGGUGGAUACGGACAGUAGUGGGGUAUGCUGGGGUAGCUUCCUAAGGUUAAUGGUAAUGAUAGAUCUCACAAAACCUUUGGCGAGAGGGAGAUUUUUAACUCUCGGGAACUCAAAGCACUGGAUUCCUUUCAAGUACGAAAGGUUACCAAACUUUUGUUAUCAUUGUGGGAAGAUCAAGCAUGUCACUGGAAUGUGCGACAAACUUGAUAGAGGAAAAGCUAGUUUGGAAGGCUUCAACCAGCAGUAUGGUGCAUGGCUACGAACCAGUCCAAAAACCUCAUUUUUUGAGGUUUCUCAAUCCAGAAGGGAAACAGGUCAGGGCAAGGUGGAGGGUCAUGACCAAAGAAAGGGAGAUGGAGAGGUACAGCAGGAAAACGUUGUACCAGAGGGAAGAGAGGAGAGUGUAAUGGCGGGAACUGAGGAGGAACAAGAGGCAGGAAACCAGGGUGGUAGGUAUGGUGCUCAGAGUAAAGCUGACAUAUCCUGCGAAGAGGGAGGAGUAAGUGUAACAGUAGAAGCUUCAUUGGGAAAGGAAAUAACCGUGAUAGAAAAAGGGGACUAG